UAGUGCACCAUGGUAUGCGUCCGUUACUGUGAUUGGUCCAGGUUGGUUAGAGACGUUGUUGAACUGCAGGUCGGAGAGAAAGAGCAAACAGAGGACCUCGGAGUUGUCAAAUGGUUGAACUAUGGCUGCGCCUGUUAGCAUGUGCUGCCGUCUGUUUGACAGAAACGGCGCUUUGACACGUGUUAGGAAACUGUUUGCACGGCGCGUGAACAGAAGCAUCGCGCGGAGCUGUUCCGGUGUUACGCACGAGGAAAAUGAACUUGAACUCACAGACUCGACUAUAGCUGGUUCCAACUUCAAAACCAGGGCAACACAGAAGAGGCUCAGGGACAACAGCAUACUCCCCUUUUCAGCAUUCUUGACUGACAACUUUGGCCGCAGGCACAACUACCUACGAAUCUCCCUCACAGAAAAAUGCAACUUCCGCUGUCAGUACUGCAUGCCAGAGGAGGGGGUAAAGCUCACACCGCGGGGCCAGCUGCUAUCCACCUCUGAGGUGCUGACCCUGGCUCGCCUCUUCGUCCAAGAGGGGGUGGACAAGAUCCGCCUCACUGGAGGGGAGCCGCUCAUCAGACCUGAUGUGCUCCAUAUUAUCACUGAGCUCAGAAAGUUGGAGGGCCUCAAGACUAUCGCCAUGACAACCAAUGGCAUGAACUUGGCUCGGCUUUUGCCAAACCUUAAAGACGCCGGAUUGGACCUGAUUAACAUCAGCCUGGAUUCAUUAGUUCCUGCCAAAUUUGAGUUUAUUGUCAGACGGAAAGGGUUUCACAAAGUAAUGGAGGGCGUUGAAAAGGCCAUUGAAUUGGGCUACAGUCCUGUGAAGAUCAACUGCGUGGUCAUGCGAGGCCUGAAUGAGGAUGAGCUGCUUGAUUUUGCAGCACUGACAGAGAAGAAGCCUCUGGAGGUGCGCUUUAUAGAGUACAUGCCCUUCGAUGGCAACAAGUGGAACUUUAAGAAGAUGGUGAGCUACCAGGAGAUGCUGGACCGCAUCAAGCAGAAGUGGCCCGACCUGGAGAAGCUUCAAGCUGGACAGACAGACACAGCCAAGACAUUUAAAGUGCCAGGCUUCAAAGGUCAGCUGGGCUUCAUCACCUCCAUGUCCGACCAUUUCUGUGGCUCCUGCAAUCGUUUACGCAUCACUGCAGACGGCAACCUAAAGGUGUGUUUGUUUGGUAACUCAGAGGUCUCCCUCAGAGAUGUCUUACGCUCUGGCGCGUCCGAUGAAGAGCUGCUGCAAAUUAUUGGUGCCGCUGUGGGCCGGAAGAAGAAACAGCAUGCAGGCAUGUUCAGUAUCUCUCAGAUGAAGAACAGGCCUAUGAUCCUCAUUGGUACCACAUCUCAGACGUUCCUGCCAAAGCUACAAGACAGCAAGAGGGCUUUCCCCAUUAGUUCCCAGCUUAAAAAUGACACGUCCCUCUCUCCAGCAACAACUCAUCAUUUAGGCAGCAGGAAAGUCUUGAAUAGAGAGGAUUGUUUGUGCCUUUCAGACUCCACUAACUUAACACAGGAAGCCAGUGUUUGCUGCUCUGGAACCUUAAUGAGUGGGGGUACCCAUGUUAAGAUGCAUAUCAACACAGAAAAACCUAACCACAAUGAAGUAGCAUCCCUUCCCUCUGCAGAGAUUGAUAAUGAUCACAUUAGUUGUCACACUAAGACUGAAUGUUUCAGAACACGCACAAAUGUCACAAGCUAUGUUAAUGAAGUCUGUCUCAGGAACGCACAAGCCCUGAGUCCUAAUGUUCUGACGAGCCACGUGUCCAGGACCCCAGGAGCAGCUGUUUUUUGCACACUGCUGAUAGAUGCCAAAAUAAAUCAGAGAAACCACCCUGUUAGAUUCUGCCACAGUCAAAAUUCCAACAAGGUUGCCAGUUGUAAACAGUCUGAGAGCAACCAGACAACAGAUCUCAAAGCUCAGCUGACACAUACAGACGCCCAGGGCCGCGCCACCAUGGUGGAUGUCGGGGGGAAACUUCCCACAUGUCGAACAGCCGUAGCCUGCGCCACCGUUAGCUUAGGCCCCACCGCCUUCCGCCUGCUUCGAGAUAACCAGCUGGCCAAGGGCGACGCCUUGACUGUGGCGCAGUUGGCUGGCAUCAUGGCUUCGAAGCAGACCUCCACCCUCAUCCCCCUCUGCCACCCUUUACCCUUAGACCACACCUCUGUCACAUUUCACCUGGAUGAGCUUCUUAAUGCCGUCGUCAUCACAGCGACAUGUCGCACCACGGGCAGGACGGGAGUGGAGAUGGAGGCUCUGACCGCUGCUUCUGUAACAGCGCUCACCGUCUACGAUAUGUGCAAGGCGGUGAGCCAUGACAUCAUCAUCACGGAUAUAAAACUCGUCAGUAAGACAGGCGGAGUGAAGAAGAAACUGAUUGCAGAUGGCACUGAUAAUGUGCUUUUAAAUUUGAAAGAAUUUAAUUUAUGAAACUUGAAAACUGAACACGAACAAAAGAAGAGAGCAGCAAACGUUUCAGUGCAUAUUCCAGUCAGUCCCAUACUCGCUGGCUCUUUUUCUUAACUUGCUUUUUAUUGCAGUGACUAACACUACCACUAUGAUUGUUUUAACCUUGCUUUUUUUUUUUUUUAGAUAAUUAGGAUAUGAAAUUUUAGUUUUGAUGUUUUUCUACCUACCUCUGUAGUACACUGCAAACUAGAUUUGUACUACAUGAAAGUAGAGGAUGGUAGUAAAAUAAACUUAUCAAAUGACUGAUAACACAAAUAACCCGUUACACAAUACGUUAACCCAUUAUUGCUCAAUAUGUUGUUAAAGUCUGUGUUCCUGUAACUUCCCUCCACUUGUGUGCUGUCUGUACCAGCCGUUUUCUUUUGUUUUUGAAGAUUAUUAUGAUCUUCAUUGGUUGCAUUAACUGUGCAUUCACUUCACAUCAUCACACAUCUUUUUUUUUUUUU